CUGGCUAGGUCUAGAAUUUAUAUAUUCAAAAUUUCAGAGCCAGGAGAUGCUCCAACAAAUAUCACAUGGAGGUUUGACGAUAAUGACAACCUUUUGAUAGAUUGGGAUAAAGUUUUAUAUCCCAACGGGAAUGUGUCAUACAUCUUAUACCUCUCCAAUUUUGUCGAUCGUGUAGCAGGACCACCUGUUCGGAUACCGCAAAUCCCAUACAAUGUUAAUGUAACACUGCAGAUAUCUGCUGUAAACGAAUGGGGUGAAGGAUUAAAGUCUAACCCAAUCACAUUCCCAACACCUCAUGGAGGACCUCGAGAUGCACCAUCGCUCACUUCUUUACUUUCCAAAGAUGUAAAGGGAUAUACAAUCUACUUCAAGAAAAAUGGAGACACUAAUGACGAGCCUUGGCAGUAUGUGCAAGUGCAUGCUAAUCGUACCCGUUUCACCAUAGACGAAUCAUUAGGAUUGGAGGAAGAUUCUCACUAUAUGAUGAAGAUUACGGCUACUAAUGAGAGGCAUGAAGGCCCAGCCUCUGAGAUUUCAUGGUUUGACACUUACAUCAAUGUCGUUGAAGAUCUUCCUGCUCCAGAGAAUGUUACAGCCUUCCUGCGAAACACUUCACUUGUAGUCCACAUUCCUUUGAAACAUGCUUACCAGAACUACAUCAUAUACGUUCGACCAGAAUUCAGUGAACAAUAUUGGAAAUACGAAGCCAUUAAUGUGACAGAAAUGCAGGAGACAAUAGUUGUUCAACACUUCCCACUAGACAAAAAUGAUAGGUUUGCAUACAUUUGUAUCAGAGACUUGUAA